CAUCCCGUCGCCACCGAUAAUGCGACGUGCAGCUUAUUUCCUAGUUCCUUCUGAAUAAGUGCUUGCUGGGACGGUCCCUUACCUGCAGGGAUAUGACGUAAUGGCAAGAGAGGAGUUACGGAGCAAGAGACCUUUUAAGAUAUGGGACAGCUGGCGUAACGUGAGGAAGGGACUGGUUGUUAGCAAUUUCGAGGAACUGAUACACAGGGGCAAGGAAAAACUGGGCGUUCCACAGAACGAGAAUGUCUCUCUAGUGCUGGAAUCGGACGGUACGCAGGUGGAGGACGGCGAGUACUUCAAAACCUUAGCGAACAACACGAUCCUGCUGUUGCUGCGGCAUGGUGAACGCUGGUGUCCCACCGGAGUCGACAUCAUACGCGCCGCGAUUUCAGCAAUCCCAAAAAUAGUCUGCGAAACAAUCCACGCCCUGGAGCUACACGAUGAAACGCCCUCAUGGAAGAUCAUGGACAAUAAGGGACGGGUCACCGUGGUGCUGCACUGGGAUCAACGUUCAUCCACGUCGUCCCAGGUGCAGCAACAGCAGAAGGUGCCGGACGCCGCGAGCUCCAAGUAUUCACCCACGAAGAAAGCGGACCUGAGCGGCUCGCAACGACCCUCAUUGGUGAUCCAGACCAGCCUGGACAAGCUCAACUACAGCGUGAAACCGGGACACCUGGCGGGGGAGAUCGGGCCUGGCCGCUACACCAGCCCCCAAAUCACUGUGAUAAAUCAUGACGACAUGCAGCAGCAGCCUCCGCAGCAGCCGCAGUCCCAUGGGAUCCCGGGCCGUUUGGUGAAGCAGGGGACGAAUUCGUUCGAGAGCACCACCAUCCAUAUCCACACGCCCGAGUGUUCGAACCACAUCCAUCAGCCGGUGGUGAGGAACGGUAGCCCGGUGAACGGAGCGGACGGUGGUGCGAGCGGCGAGUGCGACUUCCAUUGUUGCGCGUUGCACGAGGAGGGAAGGAGGAUCGCUGUUCACAAAUCGGUGGCCACCUCGCCGAUCCAGGACGCCCAGCAUCAGCAGUACCAACAACAGCAACAGCAGCAGCAACAUCAUCAUCCCCAUCAGCAGCAGCAACAGCAACAGACCCAGACCCCGUCGCCACAGCCGCCAUCUUCGUUAUCGGACGGUACAAGGCGGCCCGGAUUGGUCAAGGGUCACGUGAGGUUCUGCGACACCGCGGACGAGGAGUCCAGUUCCCGUUUGGCUGGAAAUUCAAGCGGAGGUGGCGGUGGCGGUAGCUUCCAUAUGCAUCAUCAUCACAAUCAUCAUCAGGAGCACGACAGCUCCGAGUCCGAAACUGAGAACACGAUCAUGGAGGACGAGAUCGUCACCUCGGAGAAAUUCCUGUUGCUGAUCGAUCAGCAUUCGGUCGAUCAGAAACACCUUAGCAUCAAGGAUAUCGGUAUCAUACUGGAGAGACUGAGCUCGAAGAUCGUGGACGUCGAACGAUUGGAUCGUGAGAGCGAGAGCGAGGAGUGUUACAACUGGACGAUCAAGGCGAUCAUCAAGGGGGACGUGUUGAGGGAGCUCGGAGUGAUUUACAAUGGGAACUACUAUGUCAUCUCCGAGCAUCCCGGUUAUAAGGAGGAGUCCGAGGAGAAUAACGAGGAUAACGAGGAGGAGGAGGAGGAUAGACUUUAA